CAGGCGUUUAUGGACGUGUGCAGGGCGGAGACCCAGCAGCACGCUUUGAUUCCUUUCACGGGCUGUUUGUGUGAACAGAAGCAAACAAGUUGUACUUUGAGUCGACGGGGGGACUGCUGCUGAUCGGAAGAAAAACAGAUGUGACAACCUUCCAAGUGUCAAGCAGAAGAGGUUUCCUGUAAAACAUAUUGAUGAUCUGUGGAAAAGCUACUUUGAGAUUUGCACAUUGAACAGCACAAACAUGUACCAAGUGGUGCCAGGUGGAGCAGGGGGCACAGUUACAGAUGUUAUCCCCAAGCAGAAACUCAGCAAGGACACUCGACCCUUAGUUGGAGCUGGGGUAAUCGGGCUAGUGCUGGUGAUUGCAGCUGUGACUGCGUGGUGUUACUACAUACGCUCUUUACGCAAAGCGGAACUGCUUAAGACUGAGCUGCUGGAUCUGAAUAAAGAUGGCUACAUCAUCCGAAACCAGGGGGGGUCUAUCGUUUUCAGAAUGGAUUUCAGGUCAGGAACCCUUGAUUUAGAUUCCUGCUCUAAAGAAGGUGAGAUUCUGAGCUGCGUCCGCACCACAGAUAGAAAACUGAUUUUUUUCAUUGAGACAGUACGGCCCAAGGAUACUGUCCAAUGCUACCGUGUGCGCUGGGAGGAAGUGGUUCCUGACAUUCCCGUAGAGCAUGCAAUGACAUACAAGUUUGCACACUGGUAUGGAGGUGCAGUGUCAGCAGUUCAACACUGGCCUAUUUCUAUUUCUGGCCAACAAGCUCCAAAACCAUUUGUUACUAGUGACAUCUACUCGAAUCGUGAUGAGUUCGGUGGAAUUUUAGAGAGUUACUGGAUUUCAUCUAAUGCCACUGCCAUCAAGAUCAAUAACUCUGUGCCCUUCCAUUUGGGUUGGAAUGACACAGAGAAGACCAUGUACUUCCAAGCACGGUAUAAUGAUAGUUCCUUUAAGCCAAACCCAGGGGAAAUGCCAUGUGCGGAACUUAGCUACAGAGUUUGUGUGGGAUCGGAUGUAACAUCCAUACACAAGUACAUGGUCCGCAGAUACUUCAACAAGCCAAACAAAGUGCCUGCCGAAGUUAUGUUUCGCCAUCCCAGUUGGUCAACAUGGGCAUUACAUAAAACUGACAUUGACCAAGAAAAGCUUUUGACAUAUGCUGCGAACAUUCGGAAGUAUAACUUCAAUUGUAGCCAAAUGGAACUAGAUGAUGGCUAUUCCCGCCACUAUGGGGACUUUGAGUUUGACCCAGUUAAGUUCCCCAAUGCCUCCGCUAUGUUUCAUAAACUGAAGUCAGAUGAUUUUAUGGUGUCUCUCUGGAUACACCCUUUUGUUAAUCAUGAUUCAGAAAACUUCCAUACCUGUGUAGAGAGGGGAUUGUUUGUCCGAGAGCCUACAGGUCAACUGUCAGCCUUAGUGCGUUGGUGGAAUGGCAUUGGUGGCAUCUUGGAUUUCACAAACCCUGAAACCCGUGAUUGGUUUGCCUCCCAGUUACGUUCACUGCGAUCCAGGUAUGGGGUGUCCUCUUUUAAAUUUGAGGCAGGAGAGGCUAACUACUUACCAUGGAAAUUUAAGACUUUGGAAUCCAUUCGGGACCCGAGUAUUUUCACAAGACGUUACACAGAAAUGGCAAGCCUGUACAAUGACAGAGCUGAGGCGCGCAGUGGUUACCAGUCCCAGAACAUAUCCUGCUUUUUCAGACCAAUUGACAGAGACUCAGUUUGGGGCUAUGAGUUGGGUCUCAAAUCUGUUAUUCCUGCAGUGCUCACCAUUAGCAUUCUGGGCUACCAGUUCAUUUUACCAGAUAUGAUUGGAGGGAAUGCACAUGUGAACCGCACAUAUGGAAAUCGUGGAUUACCUGACCGAGAACUUUAUAUCCGCUGGUUGGAGCUAUCAGCCUUCAUGCCCUCUAUGCAGUUUUCUAUUCCACCGUGGGAGUACGGCGAUGAUGUAGUUGAAAUUGCUCGGAAAUACACCGCCCUCCAUGAAAGUCUUGUGGCACCAAGGGUCCUGGAGCUGGCCAGCGAGGUGCUGAGCACUGGGGACCCAAUCAUACGACCAGUGUGGUGGAUUGCCACAGGUGAUGAGACAGCCUAUAAAAUUGACUCCCAGUUCCUGAUUGGGGAUGACCUCAUGGUAGCCCCAGUUUUAGAGCCUGGAAAGCAAGAGAGAGACAUCUACCUCCCAGCUGGCCAUUGGAGAAGCUACAAGGGGGAGAGAUUUGAUAUCAAGGAACCAUUGCACCUCACAGACUAUCCUGUAGACCUGGAUGAAAUUGCCUAUUUUCUUUGGGUGUAGCAGCAGGUAAAUAACAGUCUUGAUUAUUUUACGCUCCGAUUUGCUUGUGGGACAAGCUUCACAAGUCCUUUUGGGUGGGUGGAUGGAUGUUAUAUGGACAGAUUUGUGGGGGAAAAAUGUUGUUGUUUUUUUUUUCAUUUUAUAGAAAUUAAAAUUUUAACAGCACAUUACUUUACAAAUGUGAACAUUGUCACUCAAAAACAUUUAAAACUUCAUCAUCGCUGAUUUUUUUUCUCCCCAAUUUGAUUUAAACUAAUAAUUACAACAUUGUCUUUAGUAUUUUAUGGUAUAAUGAAUCAUAGCUUAGUGUCAUUUAAACUGAAAUCAUAUAACUUCUGGUGUCUGGCAGAAUUAAUCUUGAUAAAUGGUAAAAUGUGAUAGACACCGAUCUUUUAUGUUUGUAUGCAUGCAAUAUUAGCCAACAAUGGCCACCAUAAGCUAAUUGUCUUACCAGAUCUAGCAAGACUAAUGUGCCAAACCACUUAUUAUUUUACAGUAAUGAAGGUAUGUUUUAAAACUCAUUAGUUAAGCAUAUUUUUAUGUGUGUCUGUAAGAUUUUUAAAACUAUCUGUGUUGCUUUAAGCCACAUACUUGAGACAUUUGUUAAAAAGAGGAUUUACUAACUGUGAAAGAAGUUAAGCUUAAUUGCCAGUGAAUGCUAUAAAGUUGUUAUAGAUUUGAGCCUCGCAGCACUUUGAAUUUCAGCUUAAGCCAAACAGACUGUGGUGGGAGGAUGACUGAAGGGGUGUCGUUAUUGGAUACUUCUCAGGAAGUUAUCUUUAAUGCUUCAUUCAUUAGAAUCAGUGCUUGAGGUUUAAUCAUUACAAAGUGCACAGCUCUCACUAAUGCAACACCGAGUCAUGUAACUACUCUUAGACAAGAAGGAGACUCCUUUUAUUAAGCUUUGAAUGUUGUCCUUUCUGACUCAGGUAAUGGUUUUCUCAGGCCGUUUGAAGUAUCUCGCAGUUCUUUUAAUGAUCUUGGCUAAGCUUGUAUGCAGCUAAAAAGGCAGUAAUACUUUCAUGUCUUAUGCAGUGUUUGCCACGUCCAAAAUAAUAAGCAGUUCUGUAGCAUUUUUUUGGUAUAAUUUAAAAAAAUUUAAAUGAUAGGUGUUGUAAAUUUAGUAUAAUUUAAUAAUCACUUGUAAUGCUACAAUGAUUUUAUUUGUGUGAUUAAUUUAACGGCAGUGAUGUGCCCUUUAUUAAUAACUAUUUGCAAAGUGAUUAUUAGAUUUUUUAAAAUGCAUUUAUUACAGCCCUAUUUUAAAAGAAAUGUCAAUACAGAAUAAAGAGAAUAAAAGAAGAGACUGUUACUAUUUGCUAAUUACUUCAGGCCCAUAUUUAAUUGGAGGUGGUAGAAUGACACUUCAUUAAACUAACUGGACCAAAAACAUUGUUAUUGUAUCAGUUAAUGCACAUUAUCUCUGCUAUUCAAAGAAGAAGAAAAAAUAUUAAGCAAGAUCCACACACAUCACUACUUUUUUUUCAUUUAAAAUGAAUGAAGACAAGUGAAAAACUGUCCUGUGUUCUUGCCAGUCAAAAUUGUACUCAUUUGCCUAUUAGCAGGGCACAGUUUAAACGACAUUUUACUCAAUGCACACAGUUUUCUGGGCAAUGUAUGGCUUUUAUUUUUAUUUUAUUAAUAUUAUUUUAAGGGAAGGCCUUGGCUAUUUCAGUAAGAUCAUGGAGAGUCCUGGUGCUAAACUGGCCUGCCUAUACUGGAGACCAAGGUUUUGAGCAGCUGAAAUGUCAGGGGAAAACAAAGAGAAAACAUUUUGCUUUUAAUUUGCAUCAUCAUUUGGUCUUAUGAGUUCAAGAAAUUGGCUUGAUAAAAGAAGUUGCUUAAAACUAUUGCUCAACUGUUAAUUAAAAAAAAAAAAAAGUAUACAACUCACAAGGCGCAAUUUUAUAUAAAUGCAUCUUGCAGUAAUAUAAAUAUUACACAACAUCUGAACUUUUCUGGAAAUGGGAAUGUAUUGAUUGUGAGGUAAUAUUUGUGAUGCGUAAAUGGGUUGAAGUGUAACGUUAAUGUUGCAGAACAUGAUGUCUUUGCUCCUCAGGCUUUUCUAUAAUUUUUUUUCACUAUGUAGCUACAAAUGUCCAUUUAUUUAUUUUUUUCCCUCCACCACAGUUAUAGAUCAAAGUACAGUAUGUAAUAUCAUGUAUGCUAUUAUCAAGAGGUGCAACAGAUAUUGAUCUUCUCAUCCAACUAGAAUACGUUAAGUAACAUAUUCCUCUGACUGGCAUAUCAAAGGCUAUCCAAGAACCCAACCUUGUUAUUGGUUUUGUCUGUUUCAUUGUCAUUUGUUUUAAAUUUUGACAUAAAUUCAAAAUCCUUUUAAAAUUGAAUAAAUGGA